AUGUCGGCCCAUCUAAACUGGAUGAUUAUUAGAAACAACAAUGCCUUCCUUGUGAAGAAGCGCAACAUCAAAAAGCCAUUCAGUAAGGAGCCCAACAAUGUGACUAACCUCAACGCAUUCAGAUACAAUGGUCUGAUCCACAAAAAGGCCAUUGGCGUGGUCGAGAACCCCAACAGGAAAGGCUUCACUGUGGUGUACAAAAAGGCUAAGGCUACUAACAAACCAGCACAAAACUUAAUUCGCCGUCAAUACAAAGCCGGUGCUAGAAGAUCGUUGCACAAGGUAAAAAGGCUGAUCAGAGCUAACAACUACCGCGCAGACUUAGCCAAAGCUACUCUUCGUCGUGCGUCUGCUAUCCUCCGCUCCCAAAGGCCCAUUAAGGCUAAGAAACCCAAGGCAGCAGCGGCCAAAACUGAA